GCGCUACUCAUUGGAAUUAACAAGUACCAGCACCUAAACCCUUGGAAAAACCUGAACUAUUCUAUCGCCGACGUCGAGGCAGUCUACACCUUCCUCACCGAAGACCUUAAGGUGCCGCCCUCUAAUAUAAAGCGCCUGACGGCCAGUGACGCCACAAGAGCCGCCAUUCUCCACGAACUCGAAGCUCUCGCUUUGAAUCAAUCCAUCAAACACGACGAUCCGAUCCUCAUUUAUUAUGCCGGCCACGGAUCCAGGGGUCCUCCUCCGGCGGAGUGGAACGUCCACGAUGCGAAAAUCGAAUACAUCGUCCCUUACGAUUGCUCAAAGGACACGCCGGCAAUACCGGAUAGGACGAUCGCUGCGUGUUUGGACGGCAUCGCUAAAUUGAAAGGAAAUAACAUUACCGUCAUCCUCGACUGCUGCAAUUCCGGCUCCGGCACUCGCGGU